AUGGGCGAGCGGAGUUCCCCAGACCCCGAUACUGCGACAUCUGCCAGUGAACCAACCGACACCACGGUCACUCCCGCUACAGUCACAUCCGAUACAGGUGCUCCCACGACCGGAUCGAUCAGUCGCAGCAUUAACUCCGGUGCGGGUGUAGCUGUCCCCGCUACAGUCACAUCAACAGCCAGUGUAGACGAUGCUACUACGAGUUCUGGCGCUAGCAGCGGCGCCGCUGUCUCCGCAACGGAUUCCCCGAAUUCCUCGACGCGCACCACCGCUUCUCCCUCUUCGUCCGCUUCUCCUCCGCCUUCUCCUCCUCCCUCGCGCGACGCGCGUCUGCCUGCCGCCACGGACCCCGCGUCGCCGGCAGAUACCAACGCGGGAAGCAACUUCCCCGACUCGAACCCCCUCCCCCGACCACCACACCUCUCUCCCCACAACCGCCCCAGGCUUCACCCCUCACACCCCCUAGUCUCCGCCCCCCCUUCCGCGCAUGCGCCUGCUGGUUCCCCCCACGGGGGUCCUCCAGGGGCUGUCUCGGAGGAAGCUCCCUCUGUCCCUGGCGGCGAUGGGGGAGAGACGCCAGCGCCCCCGAAAGGUGGAAACGGGGAUGGGGGCCUCUCGCCAGAUGCUCCGUCCAAUGCCACUUCAGGUGCCACGUCAGGUGCCACGUCCAAUGCCACUUCAGAUGCCACGUCAGAUGCCACGUCAGAUACCACGUCAGACGCCUCAUCAAAUGCCUCCCCACAGAACCCUCCACACGCCCCUGCCUCUGAUGCCGCCUUCCCCAGCCCCAGUUCGCCCCUGCAGCCCUCCGCCUCUGAUGGUUCCCCCCCAACACAACAGCUUGGGGGCCCGGCGGGGCACAGGGUGCAUGCGGGGGACACAGGGCAGGCGGGGCACACAGGGCAGGCGGGGGAGAGAGGGGGAGGGCGGGAGGAGGUGCGGUGGUGCUGCGUGGGGCGGGGGGAGUGCGCCUUCUGUGGGGAGGUGGUGCCGGCACUGUCCUCUGACACCCAGCUGUGGUCCUGGUGGGUCAGCUGUGGUCCUGGUGGGUCAGCUGUGGUCCUGGUAGCGGCGCAGCAAGCAGGAGUGCAUGGGCGCCAUAGCGGCCUCGCAAGCGGAGCUGGUCUCGUUAGACGCGGGCUGGCGUUCCGCGCCUUCCUGCACGGCCGCAUGAAGGCCCUCAUGAGCGAGCGCCUCGCGUGGGGUGAGGCCUACCCCGCUGUUGCUGUCGUGCGCCGGGAUGUGUGUGAUGCCAGCGAUGCUGGCAUGGGUAAGGCGGGGAGUGAGGGGCUGAGGGGGAGUGAGGGUGUUGGGUUGGGGGGAGUGGGAGGAGAUAGGGAUGGGAGAGAGGGUGCGGUGGGUGAGGCCCGUGAGGGAGGCAGCUCGGGGUUCAACAGCAGCAGUGGCAGUAGCAGUGGCGGUACUACUGGUAGCUCGUCGCUUGGAAACAAAACUGACACAGAGAUGGUCCAGGGCACACCACACAGCACCACCACCAACCCCACGUCAUCUCCCCUCUCCCCCACCACGGCGCCCCUGCCAUCCAGCAUCCCGGCCGGCCCCUGGCAGCAGCUGCACCGCUUCAAGACGUGCCACCCGCUCUACGCCUCCGCUGCUGGCUGGGACCUCCCCGUGCGCUCCCUGCUCGCCCUUGACCUUGAGUCCCACCUGGGGGCCGCUGGGGGCGUGCAGGGCGCGCAGGGCGCGGGGGGUGGUGGGGGUGGAGGGGGUAGGGGUAGCAGCGGGGGCAGCAGCGGGGGCAGCAGGGGGGGCAGCAGCGGGGGAAUUGGGGGUUUUGGAGGCAAGGGGGAGGUGGGAGGGGUGGGUGGGGGGAGAGGAGGGGGAGGAGUGGGUGGGGGCACGGGUGUGAUGGGCAGGGGAGGGGGCGGAGGAGUGGGGCUAGGCGGCGAGUUUGCAGCACCGCCAUUUGUGGAGGGCGAACCAGCGGAUGUGACUCUAGUGAAGGCCGUCUUCCCUGAGUCCUGCGCCCCUGGGGGGGACGGCACCCUCGGCCCCACCUCCUCUCCUGCUUCCACCGGGGGAGGAGAGGGGAGCGGGGGGGAAGGAGGAGGCGGCGGGGAAGGGGGGAACGCGGGGCGGGGGGAUACGGGGCGGGUGUGCAGUGGGUGUGUGUCAGUGAACGGGCGGGGCACAUGUGACGAGGAUGACACGUAUGCGGGCUUCCACGGUGCCUUCCGGUGUCUCAUGGAGCAGGCGGGCGACGUGGCCUUCCUCAGGCUGGACACCCCGCUGUGGUUCGCCCGCGGCGGGCAGUUUCAGCAGGCGUGGUCGCUGCAAGAUCUGGGGGAGUUCCGCGUGCUGUUUCCACCCCUCGUUGGCGGGUGCUUGGAGGUCACAGAGAACGUGGACGCCAAAUGCACCUUCGGCAGCGUACCAGCCAACGUGGUGAUGACGCGCAACAGCAUAUUGGAGCGCUUCAAGCGCGCCAUAGUGGCUCGCCUGGAGCUGGCAGGCACCGUCAAAGCAUGGCGCGAGGCACUGUAUGAGGGGCGCAACCCCUUCGACUACAUCCUCUCGGGCAGUGCCAAGGGGCUAGUGCGAGUGGAGUCAUUGACGUGGGCCUAUCUGGGCAGCAUGGGCGAGGUGACAGAGGACAUUCUGCGCUACAACCGUGACCACGCCCCGCCUCCACACCCCAGGGCCACUCACAGGCUAUGCGCCUCUGGUUUGUUGAAAGCACUUUUGGCGACGCUGCUAGCUGCACUGCUGUUUCUCUAG